AUGGCGGAGAAAAACAAAAAACCAGAAGAGGCAUGGCUAGAGACAGAGGAAGAGGACGCUCUCUUUCCCUCGCCAGGAGAAAGUCCUCUCUUCGACGGCCCCGAAACCCUCAAGCCGUGGGAAAUCCACGAAUUGAAAGUGGCAGAGAAGGUAGAGGCGAUCGUGCAAGACGACUCGCUCGACGAGCCAGCCAAAAUCGACGCCAUCGCCGAGGUGCGGAAUUGGUUCAACGGCCCUACGGAGAUCAUUGAUGCUUUCCUUACCGGCGACAUCGAUAUCGGGACGGCUGUUGAUAGGCUAGCUGCGCCAAUCGAGAAGGCGUAUUCGACUGCCGAUUAUGGUAGGGCGUACUACUAUGCGGAGAUGACGGCGCGGAGUCAAAGGCAGAAUAAAAGCCCGGAGAAGGCGCUUGAGUCGUGGGGCCCCGAGGAAGACUGGCCCAAACCCUCCCCCCCCGCCGACGAGACCUACGAGACCGACGAGGAUAACACAGAAGGACACCUCUGGUCCCUCUGGUACGGCAUCCUCCACGCAGCAAAGCGCAUCCCCUGGACCGACACCAUCGGACAAGAGCGCCUCCUCGCCCUCGUCGAGGCCCUCAAGCUGCGUCCCGACCCUCCCCUACCCUCCCCCAUGACCAUCCCCCUAAAACGGGACUGGAUCUGGGCAGACGGCACCGUCUGGAGCACGCUCAGCAUGCUGCGCCCCAGCGCGCGCGAGGUCUGGAACAACUCCCCCGGCUACGGCGCGGGCUGGUCCCUCCCCGAGCAGCACGCGUGGAUCAGCGUAAACGCCUUCAUGGCGCGCCUAGUCGCCAGCGGCACGGGCGGCGGGUUCGCGGUAUACGGAGACUGGGCGGUCUCCGAGGCGUUGGAGAGAGUGCCGCGGAGCGAGGGGCUGCACGUCAAAGCACCGGCGGUCACGCAGGCGACUCUCAGGAUCACGGCCGCCUGCGUGUGGCUGCAGAUCGCGGGGCGGUACAUGUGGAAUCUGCGCACGGACGAGGGCGUGCCGCCGGACUUGAGGGUCGCGGAUCUGGGGGCGCGGGAGAACAAGUUGCCGUGGUACGGGCAGAAGAAGGGCGCGGAGGAGGCGAAGAGGUGUACGGUACGGUGGGAUUUCUGGCGGAGACGGUUGGAGCAGGAGGGGGAGAAUGAGGAGUUGCCGGGGGAGGUGAGGGAGUUGGCGAGGGGGUCGGCGGAGAUGAUUGGGAAGUUCUUGGAGGGAUAUUGA